AAAGUAGCUCUUUCUGCACUGGAUUUGUCAACGAAAUGACUAGCUAUUUCAUUCAGUGUUAUGAACUUGAUCGCACCAUUGAGAAUAUCGGCAAGAACUCAAUUUUGUGACUGACAUAUUAUUCGGAAUUUGCAUCACGAUGGCAUUGGUUCUGCGUAAUUUAUAUGAGUACUACCAAAAGUACUACCAUGAUGCUCAAGAUCCCCGAACGGUGGAAUUAAUUCUGAUGAAUCCUCCCUGGAUUCCGUUUACCGUGGUUGGAGCGUACCUGUACUUCGUGCUAAGCUUAGGUCCCAAGUUGAUGGCAAAUCGUAGGCCGUUUGAUCUUCGUAAAAUGCUUUUGGUGUACAAUUUCCUACAGGUGGCUGUCAACAUCUACCUGGCAUAUUCGGGCACCAAGUUGAUGAUCGAAUCGAGGGUAUCUCUAUCUUGCCAACCUGUUGAUCGAUCCACUAGCGCAACAGCGAUGAGAGAAGUUCAAUUAGUCCAUUACUACUACCUGCUCAAAGUAGCCGACCUCGUUGACACGAUAUUCUUCGUGCUCCGUAAGAAGCAGGGUCACGUAUCAUUCCUGCACGUGUAUCACCAUACCUUGAUGGUUCUUAUUCCAUUUUUCUAUUCCCGAAUCUACCCGGGUGGUCAUGGAUCGAUGCUGGGCUUGGUCAAUACCUACGUGCACGCAGCGAUGUAUUUCUACUUCUUCCUGUCGGUGUGGCGUCCGGAGUGGACCAGGAAUCUGCGCUGGAAGAAAUGCAUCACCAUCAUACAGAUGACGCAGUUCGUUGGCUUGACCAUUUAUUUUGGACAACCGGCCAUACGUGGCUAUGAAUGCGGUAUUCCGAGAUAUUGGUUCUGGAGCGUUAUGAUGCAGAACGUGUUCAUGCUGGUCAUGUUUGCCGAUUUCUACGUCAAGGCGUACGGGCGCAGGAAGACCAAAUAGGCGCGGUUGGUAUAUAUUACGAUGCAAAUAAAUUGGUUUGGGUGUUUUUUUAAUGCCUCAGCAAAA